UCAGGUACAGUAGUAGUCCAACAGCUAAUGUCAGUGAUGAUUAGCAAACAUGAAGAGUUGUUUCCCAGGGAUGCAGACCCUCAGAUGGGACCUGAGGUAUGCAACAACAACAAUGAAAUGCCAAAGAAAGCUAUUGCAGGGCAGCUACAGAACAAAGAGAAUAACAACACCAAGGAGACAGCAGUGAGGCGCUGCUCUUGGGACAAACCUGAGUCUCCCCAAAGAGAAAGCGUGGACAAUAAGUCUCCACCUGCUUUGCCAGGCAGCAAGACAAAUAGCCCCAGGAACAGCAUCCAGAAACUGGAUGUCACAAGAAGUCCACCACUCAUGGUGAAAAAAAAUCCUGCUUUUAAUAAAGGCAGUGGCAUAGUCACCAAUGGGUCCUUCAGCAGCUCUGCAGAGGGCCCUGAGAAGAGCCAGACCUUACCAACCUGUGCCCUGCAAACCAGGAGGACGUCAUCCCUGAAAGGCCCGGUGACUAAGAUGGGCACACACAGCGUGCAGAAUGGAGGUGUACGGAUGGGUGUUUCCAGUGCAGACGGGCACAGCAACACCCUCAACAGCCGGACCCCGGGCUGGGUGCCCAAUGGCUACGUCACUCUGAGGGACAACAAACAGAAGGAAUCAGUGAGCGAGUCAGGCCAGCACAACAGGCUUUCCACCUAUGACAAUGUCCACCAGCAGUUCACUAUGGUGAACUCUGAUGACAAACAGAGUGUGGACAGUGCCACCUGGUCAACGUCCUCCUGUGAAAUAUCUCUCCCUGAGCACUCCAACUCCUGUCGUUCAUCCACCACCACCUGCCCUGAGCAGGACUUCUAUGCGGGUAACUUCGAAGACUCUGUGCUGGAUGGACCACCACACGAAGAACUUUCUAAUCCAGGUGACUAUGAGCACAAAAAUGACAGAAGGAGUGUGGGGGCCCACAGCAGCCAAGCCACAAGCAGCAGCGAUAACAGUGAAACAUUUGUGGCCAACAGUACCAACAAUCACAGUGCUUUGCACAGCCUGGUGUCCAGCUUGAAGCAAGAGAUGGCCAAGCAAAAACUAGAGUAUGAGACAAGGAUAAAAAGCUUGGAGCAGAGAAAUCUCACUCUGGAGACGGAAAUGAUGGCCCUGCAUGAAGAACUGGAUCAAGAGCGGAAGAAAUUCACAAUGGUAGAAAUCAAAAUGCGUAAUGCAGAACGGGCCAAGGAAGACGCAGAGAAGAGGAAUGAUAUGUUGCAGAAGGAAAUGGAGCAGUUUUUCUCCACUUUUGGAGAACUGACAGUGGAGUCUCGCAGACCAGAAAGAGGCAACACCAUCUGGAUCCAGUGAACACUGGAAGCAUAGACUGUGGGACUUGGGGGAAGGGCUUGUGGGUAUUGUACUGUAUCAGGUGGCUGGUCACCUGUUUGAGGCUAGUACUCAACAUAAUGUUAUAAACCCUUGAAGGAAGAAAUCAUAUAGACAUUAACCACUCGUAUCUGCAGUGUGUACUUAUCAAAUUAUACUCUUUGAAUGCUUCAUGAGACUACUGUCAAGUGUUACAACUGGAUACGUGUGUAUAAAUUUUUAAAAAAUCACCUUAGAGAGCAGGAGAUGUAUUUCAAGAAAUAUUUUAAUGCAAGUCUUGUAUUUAAACUGGUAAAUUGAAAUGUUGUUGCAAUCAAGCUUUAUAUCAAGGCUUUUCUCCCUUGCACUUAACAUAAUAAGCUAUUUUUGGCAUUGUAUUACCGACCAUCAGCUUAUUUUGUAUAUCAAAUGUUUCUUGGUUUUGUUGUUUUUUGUUACCCCAUUUGCUUGGAGAGUGAAGAUAAAGAGAUGUGUUAAGG